UGACCGUAAAGGGGAACAGCCGGCCGCGCUCUGCUGGGGAUUUGUGGGAAAUCAUCUCCACCGAAAUGGCCCUGUUGAAGAGCGGUUGGCUUUGGAGACAGAGUUCUAUUUUGCGGCGCUGGAAAAGGAACUGGUUUGUCCUAUGGGUGGACGGCAGCCUGGUCUAUUACCAGGACGACUCGGGACGCGACAUGGACGGCCGCAUCAACAUCAAAUUCAACUGCCGGGACAUCAAGACAGGGCGCGAGUGUCGAGAUAUUCAGCUUCCUGAAGGGAAGACUCGCGAGUGUUUGAUGUGCAUAGUGCAGAGAGACGGCUCCAAAACCAUGCUUUGCGCCGAGAGCGAGGAUGAUGCGGUGGCUUGGAAGAUGGCAAUGCUGGAAUCCAAGGCAACCCAGGUCCACAUGUAUGAUCCUUACAACGAUGACUACUACCAGACGCUGCCCCUAGAUUCUCACCAGGCGAUGUACAUCAGCUCCGAUUACUACGGCAACCAGUUUGGAGCACCCGGCAUGACCCACGUCAUCUUCCGUGAAGACCCAUACCGCGUGUCCGGAGACCAGAUGGCGCUGGGCUUGCUGGCAGGAGCGGCCACCGGAGCCGCUCUGGGGUCCUUCAUGUGGAUGCCGUGCUGGUUCUAG